AUGGCGGAGCCUCAUGUCACCUCUGCCCUAGCUAAUAUUGAAGCAACGACAAAUCAACAGCAUAAGCCACAGCUUUACAAUGAACUCCUCUCCAAAAUAAUAUCAUCCCCCUCUUCUCCGAACAUUGAACCCAACCUCGUCGCUUUCCUAAACUCCAUCCUCGGCGACACCGUCGGAAUCGUUGCUGCCCGACCCCUCCUUGAUAACUUCAUCAACUCUCUCCGAAAGCUACCAGCCAAGGUCAUAAUCGCGGUUGGGCAAAAUGCGCUAUCCGAGAUACAAUCCCACUCAACCUCUGCUGAAGCACAGGAUGCAGUUCUGAGGGAAAUUCUUGCAGACGCGUAUGAGGCAGAAGAGGAUUUUACACAAGCAGCCAGAGUCUUACAGGCAAUCCGUUUCGACAGUUCCCAGCACCUCAUGUCCGACGAUGCGAAGGUGCGCAUAUGGAUUCGUAUCGUACGACUAUAUCUAGAAGACGACGAUACGACAAAUGCAGAGAGCUUCUUAAACAGAGUCAAGAACAUGCCUACCAAAAUCGAAGACCCGGAGCUGACACUUCACUUCCAGCUCUCCCAGGCGCGCAUUUCAGAUUUUAACCGCCGAUUCCUCGAUGCAAGCCAGCAAUAUCUCAAUGUGAGUUUAUCCGGGGAAAUUGAGGAAGAAGACCGUCUCCAAGCUCUUUCUGCCGCCAUUAUAUGCGCCGUUCUCGGACCAGCUGGUCCCCAACGUUCCCGCACUUUAUCCCGUUUAUACAAGGACGACCGAUCAUCUUCUCUCGGAAUAUACAAUAUAUUGGAGAAGAUAUUUAUGGACAGGCUGCUCACAGCUGGGGAGGUGAAGGCAUUCGCGGAGAAGCUAGUCCCUCACCAACUCGCUAUAACGGCAGAUGGAUCCACCGUGCUUGGUCGAGCUGUCAUCGAACACAACCUCCUCGCUGCCAGUCGACUGUAUGAAAAUAUACACGUGGAGGAAUUAGGAAACAUUCUCGGGCUCGAGGCUAGCGGGGAUUUGAGCGCUGGAGAGAGGGCAGAGGCAUAUGCUGCACGCAUGCUUGAGCAAGGCAGAUUAAAAGGUAGUAUCGAUCAGAUUAAAGGUGUGAUUUAUUUCGAGUCAGGAAUCCCCGGUGUUGGCCCCGGGGCAGAGUCGGCGGGACGUAGUUUAAGAGUCUGGGAUGCUGGCGUCCAAAAUUUGGCUGAGGAGGUGGAAAGGGUGGCAGCUGCCAUUAUAGAUCAGUUUCCGCUCAAUACAUCGCUACCACCUGCCUGGCCAGAUUCCAUCACUGCAUAUGGCAAAAGGGUUAUUCCAAGUUUAGAUGAGAUGAGAUCACACGAAGUUUUUGAUGAAUAUAUGAAACGCACGAAGGAAGAUCCUUCCGUGUCCGUUUAG